AUGACUGAAAAUAACAUAACAUACAUGAUGUAUGGAGGAACACUGAUUGGCUCCUACAGACAUCAUGGUCCUACACCCUGGGAUGACGACGUCGACUUUAUUCUUCCACUUGCAGCACAAGAUUCUUUUCAACAAGCAUUCUCACGGAUAAGCCACGAAUACACCCUCAAGACGGCUCCAAAAUCUUCCUGGAAAAUAUUCUCAGUCCACGCUGACCCUAUCCGCGGCUGCAAAUGGCGCUGGCCGUUCCUGGAUAUCUUCUUUUUCGCCGAGAACCAAACUCACAUCUGGGAUGUAUCCCCGUGGUACUACAAAACGUUUUCCUUUCCGAAGACGAUAAUAUUUCCGUUGACGAGAAGACCUUUCAUGAAUCUAACAUUGCCGGCUCCUCACAACCCUCGUGCUGUACUCAAUACAAACUACGAUAUUGGCUUAUGUCAAUCUUUAGCGUGGAAUCACAGAUUGGAGCGGCCGGGUCAUGAGGUCAUUGUUCCAUGUUCCUUGUUAUUCUCGAAAUUUGCUUUCGUGCAAAGGGUUUACAUGAAUGAAGGUUGCAAUGAAACUUUAGUUCAAAAUGGGGAAAUAGUCAGCUACUUCUUUGAUGAAGGACAGAAUUGUUGA